GAAAGGUUAGCAAAACACCCAAGCAAGAGCCUGGGCUAGUGCUGCAGUGAAGACAUGCCCCGCGUUGUUGCCAGCGUCGGGCCCAGGAUAGUGAAAUGUUCUGAUUGCUUUUCCUUUUGAACUUGGCCCUUGUGACGCACAUGCUCGAGGGCUGGGUUCUUUCAACCAGCUCCCUGGAAACUUCCCCCCCCCCUGGCCCGGCCCGAGUUGGCAGGAUGUAGUUUAUUUUGAGCCUGUUAGAGCCAUUGAGUCUGAACUCAGCCAUUUCCCCUUGCCAGGAACUGUCUUGCACAGUUAAACUGUGUGAUGUUAGUACUGAUGAAAGGGACUUCACACUCAUCUCCAGGGCAGGUGGCGGCCUGUCGGAAGUGAAGCUGGCCGUUAGAAGGUGUCUAGCCGUUGCUGCGCUGGCUCCAGUAAGAGGAGUGGGGUGGGCAAACAGUGUCCUGUUUUCUGAUGGGGCUUGACUAAGACUCGGCUGCCUGCAACCCCAGGGGCUGGACUUGAAGACCCAGGAGGUUCCUUCCAGUUUGGCGUUCCUAGAGCCAGUUGCCUCGCGUUCCUCCAGCCAUCCCCCUUUGCCCCAGCUUACUGGGACCCUGUUGAGGGGCAAAUGAGGUAUUCAGUCUGCUGGUUUCUUUCUCUCUCUCUCUCCAAGCAGCCAAUUCCUGCCAGUUGUGACGUGGGCAGCUGCUGAGUAGGAAGCAUCCAGAAGCACUGCUGACACUCCCUUGCUUCAUGUGUGCCAAAAAGUGUUUGCAUUCACUUACACAUUCCCACUGUCUGUGACUUUUUUUUUUUCUUCCUGUCCCUGUCUCUUGAGUGAACAGCACCAAGUAAUCUCAACUGACUGCCUUUCAGAGAGCCUGUCUGCUAGCUGCCCAGGAUGCCUUCAUGUCCCCUCCUUGCCUAGUACGCAGUGGUGAUUGCCAGGGCAAAAAGGCUUCCUCUCUUGGUUUUCUCGUCACACUGACUCCAUGCUGUCCCCAUGCUGAGUCUGGAGCAGUGACUCCUCUGUCUGCAUGUGCAGAGAUGUGCAGGGGGGCUGUUGGUAUCCUUUUGUUGCUUCCCUUUGCCAUGGUAAGCAGGCCUUGUGUACAUACCCACAAAUCACAAUUAUGUAGGCAGCUGCCUUUUAAAAUGCAGAUUUCUGGUUUUGAUAGGCUGUUUCGUGGUGCUGAUGAAUUUAGCCUCUCAUGGCUAUUACAGUGAGUGACAAGAAGGGCACCUGGGAGGUGAAGUUGCACUGUCCUCGUGUUAUAGAGUGGAAACUGAGGUACCAGAAUACUGUGGAACUUGCCCAAGGUUGCACAGGCAGUCUGUGGCAGAGUUGAAUACCAAAACCUAGGCGCAGAGUUGCAAGUCAAGCCCCACCUCCCUGCCCCCUCCCCAUCAUGAGAGUGCUUUUAAAUAAAGGGGGAAAGCCCACAAGAUUUUUUUUUAAACGAUGCAGUUGGGUUCUGCCCCGUUGCCUUCUGGAGGCUGAACCCAGAGGGUUGUAUUGUCAAACUUUUGUCAGCUGCAGUCAGAAAUGGGCUUCUCGGAUAAUCACGGUACUCGACUGCAGCGCUCAGCUGAAUACUGAACUUGGCAUAAAAUCCCAAGUUAGCAAUGCUGCGGGUCAGGGGGCCCGUCCAUUGCAUAACCCGCAAGACCAUUCGACUUUGUCGCCAUGCAUUUUUAUCUGUAGCGGAGACCAGCUCUGGAAUUCAUCUCCUGCAGCCUGUUCAAAUGACAAGCGAGCUCUUUUUCAAAUGGCGCGUGCAGCAAUGUGAGGUCUUGUGGGAGUUUUGUGAUUGUGCGCACAGUCCUGCUCGCUUUGCAUUUCGUUAACCCCCUCACGGCCUCAUUGCCAGGGCCUGAGAGUGCUGCUGUGAUAAUUGCAUGCUAAGUGGGUACAUAAACCGAUGCGUGUUUGUAUGCCCUUUUUGGAAAUGUAGACCAUAAAAUACCAGUGUUGAAAAUCCCUAAGCAGGACGUGAAGCCAACUGCUAUUUCCCAGUUUCUGCCUGCCCAGUUCUCCCUUCCUUUGCUCCGGUCGGUCAGGUUUGUUAAUACUGAGCUUUUCGUUCUGUGGGAGGGUGGGCAGCGAGGAGGUUCCAGCCUGCUGAGUUUUCUGGCCAAGUGUGAUGUGUGCUGAAAUGCAGGCCAACCUCAUUAUACCAAAAACUGGCUUUUAACAGGCCCAUCAGCAGGAACUGAUUUCUUUUCUUUUUAAUUAGGAUGAUGCUUCAGAUGGACUAACCUCAUUGUAGUGAACACUCUUCUAACAAGAUUUUCUCCCCAUCCCAUAACUAGCUCAGACCCUGCUAGUAGUGCAGUUGCUGCUGCCUGGUGCCCAGCACACCCAAGAAGCUGAGUAAUCCCUAGGUAGUUAGCGUGCCCAGAGUCCUAUGCUGGUGCAGGCCUUUGGCAAGCAGUGAGCUACCUGACUGAAAGAGCAGUGUAUGCCCUCUGACUUGCAUUGGAUGAUGCUCCUUCUAAGCUUCAUCGACAGCCAGCUGUGAUUCCUUUUCCUUGCCCCUUCCCCUGUGUCUGCUAGUGCCUGUUGGAUAAAGCUUGCAAGUGCCAUGGGGCACAGGCUGCUCACACGUGGCAAGGCGCAGACAGACCCUUUUUUCAUCCGCCUUCUGCCUGUGCAAAUCGGGCCCUUUCUUCUGCCUUGUUUGGCUGGGGAGGCUGCCAGACCCCCCUGGGCAGAAGUGCAUUGCCUCUUCCAAGGGUUCCCUCUCAUCAGCCCUUGGGAGCGGAGCAUGGCAGGCCAAUUUUUUGGGUGGGUGACAGCACACUGUGUCCCUGUUACCAUGGCACUGGCCUAGCACAGACCCUGGUUAGCGUCCCUGCUGGUUUUGGACUCUUGUCGGUCCUUGGAAUAGGCGGGAACUUCGUGGCUCUUGCAACCCCAGAGAUCCACUUGCUCUCCCCAGCCCAAGGGCAAGGUGCUCCUCCACUGCUACCGAAGCUACUGUGUGGGAUCACAGGUGUGGAGACCCGAGUUACCUGGCGAGCUGCUGUGACCCUGUCAGCACAAACAAGUACAAGUUGAGCUGUCCUUUGUGUUGCAUUGUAUGUCGCAUGGGUUAGUCCAGGAUUAAUCCUGCUCAGGCUGAAUGAUCACAAUGGGGCUUGGCAGUAAAGGCCAGUUUGUCUUCCUGAGGGCAUUUAGCAGUUGAGCCACAGUGAAGCUAAAUUGCCUCCCAAUUCCCAGUGAAGAACCAUGCCUGGACUGUUCUGUUUUCUUGCCCGCUGUUCCUAGCUGUCCUGUUCUCCAUAGCUCUAAUUCAGCAUCUCUUUCCUUAUCACCUCUGCAGUCCCUUUUUGUCACCUGUGUUUGCCUAGAUUUUUCAUAAUCCUCCAUGGCAUUGAUUUCCCUCCUGCAGCUGGGGACCCAACUCUAAGGCAGUAUCUAAUUGCAGGCUGUUCAAAGAGGAAGUGUCACCUCUCUGGCCUCUCAGGUGAUAACCUUCUGAGCGUGGCAGCAGGAGCGUGUUUACUUUUGGUUUUGUAACAGCAGCAGCUGCACAUAGGUUUCUGAUAAGCCUGUCUGAUAAGCCAGGGUUAAAGCAAAUAACUAGCAUGAUGGAGGGGCUGCUGGCUGUGGCAGGGAGGGCAGGGCAAAGAGAAAGGAUCUUUGGAAAUAAUGUUUCCACGCUCAGGAAAUAGCAGCCUGCUUAGCUUUUGCAUGCAGCCUGAAGCGAUAGAGGGGCAUUGGUAUUGCUGGUAGUGAGGGUGGCUUAUAGGUUGGUCAGAGCUGGAUGGCAAACUCAUUUCUCCUCUAUAAGCAGAGAUAAGGCCAUUGCUCAGAGUCACGGUUGCCUCAGCCCUAACUCAGGACAGCCAGAGUGUCCCAUGGUUCCCAAAUGGAUGUGCGUGUUCAGCCCCUGUCACUUCAAUAAAAUACCAAAAAUGAAACCAGAUAGGCAGUGUGGAGGGUGGGGGAAGCGCAGCCUUCCCCCCCCGUGAACAGGGAAUCGACAGCUGCAAUCAGCCUUGAACAGAAACAGAGGAGCCACAUGCAGCUCCCGCAGGCAAAAAAGACCCCAGUUGUCUCUGGAGCUUCAGGGGCCGCUCCUCUAUUUCCUGUUGGAUGCCACUUCUGCCUGCUGCCAGCCGGGCACGCGGUCUCCACCCUGCUCCCAUCCAAAGCAAGGUUCCUGAUAUAAUCUCUGUUGUCCUGAGCUCUCGGUACCUUUUGGCAUCACAAAGCCCAUCCCUCAGCAAGCAGUUGUGCCCAUUUGAGCAAUUGCAGAACAGCCUAUGAUGCAGUCCCCUCUAAUGACUGCAUCCCAUUCCUGCUACUAGUUUUUACCACAAGCCAGCAAGGAGAGAGACUUUGCAGCACACCAGCUGGCUGCAAGCGUAGAACAAGUCCAUGGUUUGGCUCUGGCAGAGCAAAAUACAGUCGCUGCCAAUGGACCUGGUUCAAAACCUCUGAAAAUCUCCCAGUGCAAAUGGGAUUUGAAUGCAGUGGUAUUUAAGGCCUCUCCCAGAUGACUCUUGCCUCCCAGCAGCUCCCUUCCUCCACCCCUAGAGUCCUGACAAACUUCCUUUUCGUCCUGUCUGUCUGCAGCACAAAGCCAAUGCAUGAAAAAGCAGCUUCCCUGAAGAGCUCCCAGCCCAUGCACAAUCGGGAGAAGCUGGAGGCGUCUCAUAAAGAGAAGAGCCUGGAUUCCCUGGAUGGCAGUCUGCAUCUGAAUGAAGGUCUGAAGGAUGAGGAAGUGAAGAAAUGCCACAGAGAAGUGAUCUCAACUAAAUGCAACUUGCAGUACCACAAGCUGUUCAAGGACAUUCCCACGGAGGAGAGCGUCCUGAAAGUCUGCUCCUGCGCACUUCAGAGAGACAUCCUCAUUCAGGGACGGCUCUACAUCUCCCCCAACUGGCUCUGCUUCUAUGCAAACCUCUUUGGGAAGGACAUCAAGGUGGUUAUCCCAGUGGUCUCGGUGCAGCUGAUAAAAAAGCACAAGACAGCCCGGUUGCUGCCCAAUGGCCUGGCUAUCACCACCAAUGCCAACAGAAAGUACAUCUUUGUGUCCCUGAUCUCCCGAGACAGCGUGUAUGACGUGCUGAAGAGAGUCUGCACCCACCUGCAGGUUUCCAGUAAGAAGAGUUUGAGUUUGAAAGAAUUUACAGAGGAGCCUGACUCUGUAUCUCUGGAGGUGAUUGUCCCAGAAGUGAAGUGGAGGAAGGUUUCCCCAGCGUCUCUCUCCCUGUCUCUCCCAAAUGCAGACUACCAGUGCAUCCACCGGACCUCCAUCAGUAGCGUCAGCACCAAGGAGAGCUCUUUUAACUCUGAGGAGCCCCUUGUGUCAGAAAGUGCAAUAAACACAGAAGAGGAACUGGAGGCAGAACCAAACUGUGUGGCAGAGCUAAGGCCAUCUGAUUAUCAACUCCUGAAAAUCUUCAUUGUGCUGUGACUGUCACCCCAGAGCUGUAGCUCAGGAUGGACAUUAGCAGGAAAAUAGCACUUUGUGUACAGAUCUCCAACACAGUCUGUUGGUGAACAUUGCUGCAAUAUUUAGAACACCCGAAUUAAGUCCUCAAUUCUUUUUUACUCUGUGUUGCAUCCGACCUGAAACAUCGCUGUUUACAAUGGAAGACCCCAGUAUCCUUCCUUUACUGGAAUGCUGUGGGAUCAUGCCACACCUGCAGUGCAAGGUGCCAUCUGUGGAGUCCAGCCAGCCUCCACUCACAGUAUUCAGACCAACUCCAAGAUGCUCCCAAGCAUUCAUGUUUCUGGGGGGUCUCAGGUGCAGCUCUGCUUGACUGAGGCUAAAGCAGUGUCUCUCAAAUGCAUUCUGAGCAAGUCCAAACUACAAGUCACUUGAUGGCUCAGGGUCCUGGUCACCUCCGCAAUAGGAAUCAGGACCAUGUACUUUUGUUUCUCCUACCAGCACAGACUCCUGUUUUGGGGUGGGAGGGAUGGGACAGACUGCUGCUAUCCUGCCGGCAGUGCCAGCAGAACACACAUGUGAAGAGGGACCCUAUGAGAGCCACUCGUUCUUCCAGGGGCCUUGGUUCUGGCCCAGAUGCAUUAUACCAGAAGCUGCAUCACCGUUUUGCACCGCCAUGUCGGGAGACACCAGCACCUUUGGGCUAACAUCACCUCCAGUUUCAGCAGCCAGUGGUUCAGCAGGCUCCUGUGAGCAACCUGACUUGCACAAUGCUGUUGGACCCCACUCAUAGGACCCAGUGCUCAAAUUGCCACCUCCUUUUAUGUUCAACUUUUUCUUUUCUUUGGAAGGAUAUUUGAGAAGCUCCCAUAAUGGAAGCUGACAGGGACAUGGAAGCUGGGUGUGUUCUGUUCUUCCCAAUACCUGCUUCCAUAUGAAGCAGUUGUCAUCAGGACCCAUCCCUUUUGCACCAUGGGGUUGCUGUAUUUCCUUCCUGUGCUGGACCAGCCUUGUGUGGUCCCAUGCAACACAAGGUAACCUCUCUGUGACUAGAAGCCGGUGUUACCGUCUGAGCAUUAACUCCAUUACUCCCGUUAUCAGAUGUCCAAUGUAGAGAAUGACAAUCAAACAAGAUGCCAGGCAGGGUUUACAGCACUCUUGGGCUGUUACCAACUGAAGUGAGGCUUGCCCAGGUGGCAGAUGAUUAACCAGGGAAAUUCUGGUGCAGUUUGUCUUACGGCACCAGUGUGCGUAGCCCAGAGACUGUUUGUGCAUUCCACUUCUCCUCCUUAACAUAUUACAGUCCGUACACCUAGGGGCCCCGGGCAGAAGAAGGAUGAAAAGGAGGGCAGGCAGAGCAUAGAGCUAGCCCCUUCUCCUGCCCAGCCUCUGCAAAGGAAGUACUAUAUAUAGCACAACAGUGCUCUCUGCAGAACUGAGGCUGCAGGGCUUGACGGUGCAAAACUGGCAUGAAGGAGCAUGAGUCA